AAGAAAGUACCACCAGCAGAAACUGUUUGGCCUAAAGUUCGAGUUCCGUUAACAGUUGUACGAACCACAGAAAACAAACUGAGUAAUCGAUUCUUCCCCUAUGCUGAGAUUGAAACAGAGGCUGUGUUAGCCAUUGAUGAUGACAUCAUCAUGUUGACCUCAGAUGAGCUGCAGUUUGGUUAUGAGGUAUGGAGAGAGUUCCCUGAUAGAUUAGUUGGAUAUCCUGGCCGCCUACAUUUGUGGGACCAUGAAACAAAUAAAUGGAAGUAUGAAUCAGAGUGGACCAAUGAAGUUUCAAUGGUGCUAACAGGGGCAGCAUUUUACCACAAGUACUUUAAUUACUUGUACACAUAUAAAAUGCCUGGGGACAUCAAGAACUGGGUGGAUGCUCAUAUGAAUUGUGAAGAUAUUGCCAUGAAUUUUCUAGUGGCCAAUGUAACUGGGAAAGCAGUUAUUAAGGUGACGCCCAGAAAGAAAUUCAAAUGUCCAGAAUGCACAGCCAUUGAUGGGUUAUCCUUAGAUCAGACUCAUAUGGUAGAAAGGUCCGAAUGCAUUAACAAGUUUGCAUCUGUCUUUGGGACCAUGCCCCUGAAAGUGGUGGAACACCGGGCAGAUCCAGUCUUGUACAAAGAUGACUUUCCUGAAAAGCUGAAGAGCUUUCCUAACAUUGGAAGCCUGUGAAGAACAGCCACGAGUCAAGUUGGAUAUUGGGAUCUAGUACCCCAGACGGCAAUUGAUGCUAGGAAAAAUCUUAGGGCCUGAGAGAAUCAUGCCAGGGAGUAUUACAGAGAGAGGUCACAAAGAUUAAUACUUUGCUGCUGGAAAGCCUUUCCACAGAGCAUAAAACUCUUAAUGCAAGAUGAAGCAGUGGUGGUGAAUUGCUGCAUUGGUCUACUGAAAUGUUUACUUGCUCUAUAAAGAUUGCAUGCAUGUGAGCAUACACAAUGCAACAUUUCUGGUCACACAACAGAAAAUACUUCUUCUCUAAGGGCUGCUAGUUCUCACAUCUGUCCACUUGCAGAUUGCUUUCUAGAUUUGUUGCACAGGUGCCCUCUUUUGCUGGUUUGCCAGGCCUGCUUUAGCAUCUUUUCAAAUUCAUCAUAAGCAUUAAUUCUGCCAUAGGAUUGGCAGCCUUUUUUACUCAGUCGGUUAAAAAAAGAAAAUGUGUAUUGAUGUUGGGUUCGUGUUUUUACAUGACAAGAUAAUUGAAGUGGAAUAAAGCAGCAGCUUUUCUUUUUCUUUCCGUUAA